AGGUACGACUACUCGACGCUCGGCUCGGAAAUCUUCAGGGAAUCAUAUCGUUCAUUAGCGCCAAACACAAACAAUCAUAGAGCAAGCGCCACAAUGGUGGACGUGACAGCGGCGCCGGAAAGCGGGGGUAGCUUCAUGGGCCGCACACGGGGUGCCCUGCGCUCGAUGCGAUCGGUCCUAGGCGGUGGUGGCGAGUACCUCCAAGGACUGAGCAAUCGGUUGAACACAGCGCUUAGUAGUAGCGUUGAGGACAGCGAACCCACGACUCUGUCCACAGGUACGUCGCAGACCUCGAAACCACCGCCGGCUGUCAGGAUGGCCGCGGCAAACGCGAUCAACGGGUUGUCACCCCUGCCCGCUCCGGAAGUCCACGAUGAGUUUUUGGAGGCCAAGAAGAAACUCAGGUUUCCCAGGUUCGGCACCGGAAUAAACUACGAGGACUACGAAACAAUAAUAAGGCGCAAGUUCGAGCAGCAGGAGAUGUCGCGGUGUGCACGGAUCAGCCGCAAGAAUCCAGGCAUGUCGUACGAGGAAAUAGCCUCGUCAAGGUCCGGCAAGGCACACAAAAAGGCCGAGGUCUCAAAAAAAGACGAUGCCACACAGAGCCCGGAUAAAGAGAGCGUCGAGAGCACUGAACCCAAGGAUCAGGACAAGGAGGAGCCCGAAGCCUCGGCUGCCGAGUCCUACGACAAAUUUAACAGUAAAGUUGCAAGGGCUCCAAACCGUUAUCAGACCGUGGUUUUUCGUUUAGAUGUGCCCUCGAGUAGCGAAUCGACGAGCGACGCUGACUAUGGGCCGACGGGUAGCAUAGCCGACUCGACAGAUGGCCGCAAGGAUUGGCAGAGAUCAGGUUCAUCGGCGUCGAUUCAAUCUUGGGCCUCGAGUUUGUCCGCGGACAGCCAGUCGGAGGAGGCUGCCGUGGAGUUCAUGAAAAAAUUUGUGCCUAUGCUGUUCGACUGUCCGAGCAAAAUUGACCAGGAGCAGAAAGCCAAUUUUGGACAGAUGGUUCUGACGGAACCAGGCCGGAUAUGGUUUUCAAGGGUAGUAAACGCCAGAAGGGGUAGGCCGUGCGUGACGGAAGAGUCGUUUUACUCCUUGGCCCAACACUUUGCGGUCGCCCUCUUUGAGUGCCACGAGGCUGACGAUUUUGCGCCAGCCAAGAGCCUAAUGAACAUGUGCUUCACGUUUUACCACGAAAUCGAGGUGCCCGGAGUGGAGCCUUAUCGCGAGUAUUUGUACACGAACCUCCGAGUACAGCCAAUAUGGUCGUCAAUGCGUUUUUGGACCGCGGCUUUCUUCGACGCGGUCCAGUGCGAACGAGCUGCCAAGAUUGUGCCUCCAAGGUGGAAAUCCGUCGAUCGGGAAACUGCUGCGGUCGAGGACAGGAGCUUUCACGCCAACAUCGUUUUCGGUCAAUUAGGUACCUUUACGUGCAACAUGCAUGCUUUUGGAUUGCCGAGAAACCUCUGCCUCGAAUUUUUAAAGAAACAGUGCACCAUUGCCAACUUGACGUCUGAUCAAUCCAAAAUGCUAAAAGACAAUAUAGAAAGGAUGUACGAUGAGACUGACCCUUGGAGAAAUUGAGAAGCAAACGGCAUCCUGAGAUCAUCUGUGAAAAAAAAUUCUCGUUUUGGACGGGUGCUAGGAGCAGCGAACUAUUAUCCCGAGAGCAGCUAAAAUACAAUACCUCUCGAUUCAACUGUUACAUAAGUAAUAAGGGAGAAAAAAGAAGGAAAAAAAAAAAAAAAAUCACGAGCUUAAAGCUUUAAAAAUAAAAUGCGACGAUCAAUCGGACGUGAUAUAUCGACUAGUCAACGCGUGAUUGUACUUGUUCUGUUAAGUCGAAAAGAUUGUCAUGUACGAUGGGGUAUAUUCUAAUUAAUUAAUCACAGAUCAUCAUUUCGAAAGGACCAGACGUGACGGAUUUUCGAAUGAAAUUCAUUUGUAUUUAAGUAUUAUACGCGAACCGGAAUGAUCUAUUUUUCUCGAUUCGCCUUGUAAAUUGCGUGAAUACGUUUGCUUAUGUACAUUAAGAAUGAAUUAAUAUAUUUUUAAAGAAGAACGAAAAAUAGAUAGGUGAAUAUAACUUUGCACAGCCAAGAGAAGUGGGUGAUGUGUUGGAGCUCGAAAGUAUUAAAAAUUUGGGCUUGUGUACAUUUUAAUUAUAUUUAAAUUCUUCACUUAUCAAUUAUCCAAAGAAUGAAGCAUCAGCAGCAGAAUAAUAGGUAGUCCAUUCUUUAAGCUUCCUCUAUGAAAUUUACCAGUUGAACUAGCUUCUUACUUAAAAAUGUUAUCUCUCGUAAGGUAUGAGUGAUAUAAGGUGUAGGACUCAAAAUCUACUAUUUAAGCCCUGAAAAGGCGAUACUUGAAGAAAAGACGAAAAUUCCCAUUCGAUGUAAUUUGACAGUUGCCAAUUGUGAAGAUUUUUUAUACUAAACAAAUAUACAUGUACUAUCGUAUCGUCUUUGUAUUUCGUAAAUGACAUUUUUUGUAGAUUUAAAGAUAAAAGGUUGUUAAAUAUUAAACAAUUUUUAUUUUACUCGUA